GUGGAGGUUCUGCGCAUUCACUGUGCAAAUCUGACGUUCUACACACCAUUGUCUCGUAUGGAACACUCAAUAGACCACAAUGCUUUGCGUCCGAAUAACGGAACGCCUCUGGGCAUGCGCGUGUUGGGUUGUUGUCACUGGUGGUUAUGGAGAUCUAAUGGGGCUCUGGCGAGCUGUCAUCGCGUUAGUGAUGUGCCUGUAUCCACGUGGGGGAUGCCGAGGAAGAUAGGUUUCGUUGUGCUCAGCUCUUCUGGUCACGAAGGCGACUUCAGGGCCGAGGAGCUGAUGGUCCACGCCCCCACCGUCCACGGCUGGCGCUCAGCAAGGUUCUGCUCCUACCCCCAGCAGAUCACCCUCCAGCUGAUGGAACGCAGCCGGGUGCGGAAGCUCCAGCUGCUGGCCCACCAGUACCUCAUCUCCGCCAAGGUGGAGUUCCACAUCGGGGACUCGCUCCCGGACCCGGCCCAGCACACGGGACCCCCCUGCCCGCUGCACAGGCUGGGGUACGUCUCUCUGUCGGACAACGAGAAGACGGGCUACAAGGCCCGCGAGCUCAAGUCCGUCCACGUGGACGCCAUCGGGACCUACCUGAGGGUGACCCUCCACCGUAACCACGCCAAUCGCUACAACUACUACAGCCAGGUUGCUCUGGUUGCCAUUAAUGUUCUGGGAGACUCUUUGGAUGCCAAUGCUUUCAACACAAUUCCCAGCAGAGAGCAGCUUAUUGAGCACUACCUCCACAGCACCCAGCUGGACAGUGCCCUGGAUGGGACACACACAGGUAAGUGUGAGUCCAUCUCGCCGCUCGACGACCUGGCGUUCGACAUGUACCAGGACCCCGAGGUGGCCCACAUCAUCCGCCUGCUGGACCAGAGGAAGCAGGACGCGGCCCGCCAGGAGAGAUUCGAGCUGGCCCGGGCCCUCAAGCAGGCCAUAGCGGACCUGCAGAAGGUGGGGGAGCGGCUGGGUCGCUAUGACGUGGAGAAGCGCAGCGCCUUGGAGAAGGAGGACUAUGAGCUGGCGCGGAAGAGGACGGAGCAGAUGGAGGAGUACCGGGGCAAGGUGUACCAUCAGCUCCAGGUCCACGACCUGCUAGACAUGGCCGCCAUGCAGACCCUGUUGUCGACAGAGCUGUCCCCAUCUCAGGGGUCUCCCUCGCAGCCGGCGCUCCCUAUAGGCCUGGAGGGGGAUCAGCCGGACCACCACCCUGCAGCCCAACCCAGGGGCCCACUGGGGGGUCCACCACCCGCCCGGCAGGGGGUCUCCAAGCCUCGCCGUCUGAUUCAGUCCCCCAAGAAGGCGAAGAAGGCUCCCCCUCGCCGCGGAGGGUCGGAGCGGGCCACGCCCGGGCCCGACCCCAGGAGUGUCAGCCUGGCGUCCCAGGACCUGGACCAGGACCAGCCCGGGAGGGCGGGUUCAGGACCACACUCGGACGUGCCCAGAAUAGACGUCCCCAGCGUGCCUCACGAGGACAGACCCCUCCCUGCCCUGUGGCGCACCAGCGGACCGGCGGAAGUCCUGCCCCCCCGCCCGGCGGCGGAGAACUCCCCCGGGCCCUCCCACUCCCCCGGGUCCCCCCGCGCCAGCCCCACUCUCCCUGGGGGGACGUCCGAGGCGGAGCCCCUGUCUGAGCAGGCCCAGCGGGAGGCCGGCCUGCCCCUGGAGGUUUUCGGAGAGGGCCUGGUGGCCGGGGCGUACUCCAAGAACUGGGCCCACCGGGAGAGGGCGCUGGAGGCCGUCUGUGACAAGCUGCGGGGGGUAGGGCCCGGUACCUCCAAGGAAGAGCGCAGGAACCUGAUGAGGGCCGCCGUGUUCCUGGUCAAGAGAGCCCUCCUGGAUAAGCUGUCUCCCGUGUUCCAGGCAGCUCUGCGGCUGCUGGCCCUCCUCUUGGGCCAGGUGAUCCCAGCCUCCGGCCUGGGCCGGGCCGAGCUCACCCACUGCCUGGAGCAGACCUGGCCCAGCCUGCAGGCUCGCAGCUGGGACCCAGCCCGCCGCGUCCGGGCCACCGCCGUGGCCUUCAUACUGGACAUGGCCCAGUGGAAGGAGGUGCGGGCCCUGCAGGUGGUCCCCGCCGAGCUCAGCAGGCCCCUGAAGGCCAGUUCCCCCGCGCGGCGGGCCCUGGGCCGCACAGAGCUCCUGGAGAAGGCCCUGGCCCAGCUGGGCACGGAGCGCUCUGGCUUCGCCCCCGGCGACGUCAUGAAGUUCUGCCGCGCGGCGCUGGAGCACGGCGCGGCGGAGGUCCGGGAGGCGGCGGUGCGCGUGGUGCUCUCCGUGUACCGGACCCACCCGGCGCCCGUGCUGCAGGCCCUGCCCACCGGGGACGCCGCCGCCCGCCGCAGCGUCCUCUACAAGAGGCUCUUCGACGCCUUCGCCCGCCUGGACGGAGGGGCGCGCGGAGGGACCCCCCGGCAGGGAGACGCCGGCCCGGAGGACGGGGAGAGGGAGAGGGAGCAGAUCCGCUCCCUUCAGGGGCAGCUGGCUGCGCUGAAGGAGCUGACGGAGAAGGACUCUGCUGAGGGGCCAGCGCUUGACGUGAAGGCCCCCAGCGGUCCAAAGGAGGCCCCCAGCGGUCCAAAGGAGGCCCCCAGCGGUCCAAAGGAGGCCCCCAGCGAUCCCAGGGAGGCCCCGCAGGCCGGUCCCCCAACAGAGGCUGAUAAGGUGUCCCAAAAGAAGCUAUUAGCAGUUGAGCAGGCUGGUGUGGGAGACCUGGACAACCUUUGCAUCUUCUGUGGUAAGAGGGACGAGGCGUUCACGGAGGACCAGCUGGAUCUGCACUACUGGAAGCACUGUCCCAUGCUGCGGCGCUGUGAGGAGUGCAGACAGGUGGUGGAGAUUGCCAGCCUGACGGAGCAUCUGCUGGGGGAGUGUGAGAGCAGGGCCCGCUUCAGCCAGUGUCCCCGCUGCUCCGAGGCCCUGCCCACCCAGGAGCUGGCCCGCCACGCCCAGGGGCCCGCCUGCAACCCUCCGGCCCCAGGCAAAGGCUCCAACCACUGCCCUCUGUGUCACAACAACUUCAUCCCCGGGGAGAAGGCCUGGAAGGCUCACCUCAUGGGAAGAGAGGGCUGUAAACAGAACUCGCGGAGGGCCGUUGGAUCCCAGACGACGCAGCCAGUACAAGGUAAGGCUGUGGGAGGAGCCAGGCUGAGGCAGGCCUGGUCGGACGGGGCCAGAUCCAAGGCCGUGAAAAGGACCAGCCGGAUCCCGGCCCUGGAGCCCAGGGCCCCCAGAGCCCGGGCCAGCCAGCGGUGACCCCCAUCCGGGGCCUCCACCCAGGGGAUGAGGAGGAGUAGGGGCCACACCUCACAGUCACUAUGUCACAUUAAUGAGUAACCAAACGCCAAGGUCAGGGGGCCGGACGGUUCUGAUUGGCUGCCCUCAGGUGGGGUUGGUAAAAUAAUUACUUGAAAUGUUGGUAGCUUUAUGUCCUUGAAAGAUAUUUACACAAUAUUUUAUGUAAAGUGACAUUUAGUUUGGAAGAUUCAAUCAUUGGAAGGGCCGGGCAUGGCUCCGGAACCAUAGAGCCUGGCUCUUAUGGGUUUAAGAGAAUCAGAGCGGAUGCACAUCAAGGAGAGGAUCUAGAUUGUCGGCGUGCUCUAUCGGUAGAGACUGCUGCUUUUUACAAUAUCCUGCUUGAAGCUUUGGAACUGUUUACAUUUUUCUACUCAUGUCUCCCUCCCCCCCCCCCCUCUCUCUCUCUCCCCCAUUCCCUCUUUCUCUGUCUCUCUUUCCCUUUCCCUUCCUCCCUUUGUCCUUUGCUCUCACCAAAGUUUUUCCUGCUCAACCUGCUUGUUGUUCUGUGUAUCUACUCAUGCCUCAGCACUUGAAUAAGAUAAUCAUGCUUUGAGAAGCACACUGUUUUUUAUACAGAUAUACUCUGUAGUGUAUGUGAUGUGAGUUAUGUGGUUUGGCCUUCAGCUAAUGACAAUCUACAGUAUGAGAUUCUAGCACUUGUUUCGCAUCCUUAUUUCUAGUACUUAAUCCUGAUCUAUAAUCCACGUGAUGCAAAGUGUUGCUUUUCAUAUUUCUCAACAAGAUACGGCAUCGAACAUUCUCAGGUCCGGGUUUCAGUCGUGAACAGCACACAGCAAAUCACAUAAAUCACGUUGGGCAAGAUGUUUUUUAAAGAAGAUCCUCACGUUUAUUUGUAAAGACCUUUUUUUACAAUUACAGUCUCAAAGGGCCAUACAGUUCACACGCUACCCGGUCAGUAGAAUUAUCUUAUUUAGUUCUAGGUUGCCAUGUCUUGUAGUAGCAAAUGUUAUAUGUGAACACAUAUGGUCCUUUUUGGCAUUUGCAUGGAACGUCGUAUUGUUUGGAUAGAUCACGUAGCACUUCAACAUGAAGAAAAAAUAUUUUUCUCUUUGUAUUUUGGGACCCAAAAACGGGAAAACUAAAGAUAGUAAUUGAAGAUAGUAAUUGUUGCAUCCGGUAAAAUUAGUCACCUGAGUUUUGCUUUGUAUUGAAAGUAGGAUAUUCUGUCUGCUUUGGAAUGCAUUGAAAUUGCAGACUAUAUAGCCAUUUGAAUUGCGCUUCCAUCUUCCCUUUCUCAGUAUUUUGUGUGAAAUAUAUCUUUCACUGUUUCUGAUCUUCUAAUUAUUUUGUGUAAUAAAGUGAAAUUACGAUACCAAAA